CUUGUGAUGUAGUCGAUGCUUGUGCCAGCAUGGCUAAGCCAACAGCUGCGCAGCAAGCACCAGGCCAAAUGGCUUGAGUUUCAGGAUGGGGUGCGGCGCCAGCGUGAGCUAUGGUGAGGUCGAAGAUGAGGACGAGCACGAGCACGAGCACCCGAGGCGGAUGGUGUCCCCUCCUGCGGAAAUUUUGGAGAAAGACUUUUCUUCCAUGCUCCAGCUGCAGUUCCGCGGGGAGGGCUUGAAAGAUGGAGAGAGGAGUUUUUUGGUCGUCUACACCAGAUCUUCAGGUGAAGGGUUGUGGGCAGAACUGGGCAAGACAGAAGUUUGCUCGCUGGACACCACGUGGCCGGUGUGGGGAACCAUCAUGGAGUUGCAAUUCCGAGUCGAAAUCAUGAGGCAGAUGCGAUGCGAAGCAUACAAGAUGGUGCACAAUGAAAGUUUGGAUGAACUGCGUCAUCACAGGUUCAUCGGUGCCUGUGAGUUUAUGUUGACCGAAGCAGUCAUUCGCAGGGCGAAGGUUAACUCAUCCUCAGAUGGCUGGCUAAGGAAGAAGUUGUUAAACAUCCAUCGAAAGAAAGGAGAGAAGCAUCCUGGCAAAAUUUGUGUUUUCGCAGAUGAGAAGCAGAGCUCCAAGCUUGAGUUGUACUUCAAAUUGAGGGCCAAAGAAUUGAAGUCCACGGAGUUUUGGAAGAGGAAGCCCGAUCCGUUCUUCGUGGUCAGCCGCACCAAGGUGGUGGGGACUGAUGAGUAUGACUGCGAAGAAGUGGAGCUGGUUCCCUGCUAUCGAAGCGAAGUGGCUCGCAGAACCUGCAAUGCCAGGUAUGGAAACGCAGUGAUCACCGCUGCCCAAGUGUCUCACGGCAUUUCAGGGCAGGAUUUUGUCAUUACCAUUGAGGAUUGGAGUCGUUUGGGCACAUCAACAGUUCUGGGCGAAGCGGUGGUGAAUUUCAAUGAUCUUUGGAAGGCUGCAGGUGAACGAAAUUUGAACCUUCCACUUUGCAAGAGAGAAGGGCCAAGGCUGAAUGGCAUGCUCAGAUACUCCCACGCACAGAUCAAGCGGUAUCAAUCUCUGCUUGGGGGCGACCAUUAUCGGCGAAGCUUGUCUGGCACCUUAUUCCGCUUUGGCAGCCGCAUGGGCAGCAUGAGCUUCGGCAAGAAGUUGUCAAAGUCACUGUCCUUCUACAAGGAGCGAAGCAGCCGGAGCUCACGGGUCACACGAAACACUAGUAAGGGCAGCAACUCGGACGACGUGAAUUGGGCUUCAAUGGGUAGCGAGAACUCGUCAUCGCAGACGCGGUCGCGAGAAGGGUCAAAAUCAAAGGAACUGGCGCGUGGUCAGACUAAAACAUCCAUGGUUUCCUUUGCUUCGUUUUCCUCCGAAUCUUCCAAGCAAAGGGCAAUGCCAAGGUGGGCUUCAAUGGCAGCCAACAGAUCCGACAAUGAAGCUGUGAAAGGUGGGGUUGGAGAGAAGACGCUCCUUUUUGGACCUGUUGUUGGGCAAGUCAGCAUCCAGGAGAUGAUAUUGGACCGCUCCUACACUUUCCUUGAUUAUGUGCGUGGCGGCCUGGAGCUGAGAAUGAUCCUUGGAAUUGACUUCACCAGGUCCAAUAUGGAUACUAUGAACCCCGAGUCCUUGCACAGUCUUUGCGAAAGAGGCUUGGCCACUGCCUACGAAGAUGCCAUCGUCUCCUUGGGCCAAGUCUUGAGGAGCUAUGACAGCAGCAACGAGUAUUUUGUCUAUGGUUUUGGAGCCAAAAUCCCUCCAAGUCAUACAGUAUGCUCGAACUGCUUUGCCCUCACCGGCGACUUCCUUUAUCCCAAGGUCAAAGGCUUGGAUGGCAUCCUCCAAGCAUAUCGACGCGCCUUGAAUGUGGUUUCUCUUCAUGGGCCUUCGGAUUGUGUGGAGGUGCUCAAGCUUGCUGGCCGCUUCGCUAGGAAUUUCGUCCAGGAGCCUGAAAAGGAAGUUUUGCGGUCGACUGUACCUCCAGACUUGAUUUACUUUGUUCUAUUGAUUUUGACGGAUGGCGAGAUGGAGAGUGAGAAGCAAAUCGUCGAGGAAUUAAGGAACCUCCAGGCUUAUCCUAUCUCGGUUUUCUUCAUCGGGAUUGGAAGUAAGGACUUCAGUUUUCUCCGUGAGCUCCCAAAUGCUCUUAGCCUCAACUUCGACACGGAUUUUGACAAGCCAAAAUUGGAGAAUGUGAGCAAGACUGUAAGCCGCCGAGUGGUCCAGUUCGUCCAGUACAGCGAGUACGAGAGCGACCCAGAGGGGCUUGUUCAAGCAACACUCGCAGAUCUGCCACGUGAGAUUGUGCUGUACUACCGAAUGCUUGGGGUGAAGCCUCGAGGUUUGGAACGCUUCGAGAACAAGUUUGGAGAACUGCUUCCGACUCCAUUACCCAAAGCUGCUAAGUUGGAGCUGUUGGCUGCAAAGCAGAGGACGGAAGAUCGGAAAACACGUGAGAAGGUUUUGGCAUCAAAGGGUGUGCGCGAAGAUGGUGCGUCUAAGGACACCACAGGCUCGGGGAAUCGCUCCCUUAUGAGAGCAUCCAGCCGCAUGAGUGCAAUAAGUGCGGCGAGUGCCAAUGUUCCCAGUACCGAUGGUGACGAAAGCGCGGUAGCUUCUUCACGAUUGAGCCUGCCCAAUGCUGCGUUGCAAGAAGACGAGGAGGUUCUUCAAGAACACCAGAUGGAGUUAUCGUCAACAUCUGAAGAAGACGCCCCGAAGCGCAGCAAGAGGGAAGAAGACAACUUGCCAGUUUUUCUACAAGAGGAGAGGAAGCGCUUGCUGGAUGAAGCCAUUGCCAUUGGGUACCGGAAACAUCAAAUUACAAGAGCUAUGCGCGAUGGCAUUGCCGCAGCCACUGUGGAUGUUUUGCUGGACAACAUUCGCUAUUCGGGGUACGGAAAGUUACCAUCCUACCGAGAUGCUGCCAUAUCAUCACUUCCAGACGAUGCACCUCUGCCUUGGAAUCCUUUCAAGACUGCAGCAGAAAAUGAGAAGAAGAUCAAGCAGCUCGAUGUUGAGAUGGAAGACUACGGGGAGCAGCUGCGGGCAUUGACAAACCCAGCUAAAAGUGAACUCACGAGGCAAGACGUUCUCUCUACUGCAGGCAUUUUUGAAUGCCGGAGGUCUCGGAUUGCUCCGCCACGACCACCUCAGAGCCCAUCUCCAAAGUCGCCGCCAUCACCACCUUCACCUUCAGGGAGAUUAGCUCUGCGGCACAGCAACAGCGCUUUGAGCAACACCUCACCAGGGUCACCAAGUUUGAGGAAUGUCGAAGAUGAACGCCGAGAGGAUACAGGCGCUUUCGAAGGCCCUGGCGAUGCCACCAAACAAGUGGAAGAGGCAGCACGGCGAUUGAGAAGUCUGAGGAGCUGCGCAGGUCGAGAAGGCGAUUGGCCUUCCAUCAAGGAGGAGGAUGAGAGGAUGCAUGAGGAGGACCGCAAUAUCAGACCACCGGACGAACCACCAGCCACCCUGGGCCCACCUAGCCGUUCAGUGACGAAGCUCUCAUCAUCCGCAAAUUCACGGGCAUACUCAAAGGGCUUGCUUGAGUGAACUGCCUGCACAAGAAGAGUCGCGCUUCGACCACGAGCCGCGCGCAACGAGGAACGCCACCGCGCAGUAGUGCGCCUGAGCCGUAAGCGGGCUGAUUUCCUCGCCUCGCCAAUGUUUAUAAAUUGGAUUGAUUCAGACAACUAUGACAUGGAGUUGGCCACUCCGAGCUGGGCUUUGCCAUCCGUCAAUAUGUCAACUUUUCGUCAUGUAGUGCUUGUUUGGUUUGUUUUUUCUUUUUUUUGCCGGGUUCACUUUGUUUGCCUUUGGCAGGUUAAUCGGUUAAUCGGUUUCACCGUACUCACCACCAAGUGCUCAACGCACCUUGGUUGGAAACACGCGCCUCCAGAGGGAUCUUGACCAGGUGGGUUCACUUCUUUAGCGUCUCUGAUCCUCUUGUGGCCUUGUGGCAGGUGAUUCAGGCAGCGAAACGCGAGUUCCAACAUAUGCUCCCCGCCCGCGGCGAGUGGACCAUGCUUGAGUAUGAUGAGAUUCCGCCGCGGGCGGCGAGUGAGCCGCCUUUGCGCGUAAAGAAGUAAAGGGCCGUGUUGUUUGGAAGCUGCCAUGUCAGCUUGCGCGCGUGUGAUGGUG